UUGGUCAGCUGAUUCCAGAGGCUUGGUCAUAUAAUCAGUCACUACUCUCUCUUUUGGGCAAAAACUCUUCACUUAGCCUUAACAAUUACCUUUCACAAUUUAGACUUUGAUAAACAUGAAAAAAUGCAUGGCCCAGAGUUAAAACAGCCUAAACAUAUCUGCAAGUUUCUUUCAAUCCCGCUCUUUAGAUAGGGUGACUUAGCUGUCUGAUCCAGACUGAAACGUUUGCGAUUUCUUUCUACUCUUGAAAAACAAGUGACUUGAAUUGUUGUGGACAUUCAAAUUGAAAUGGAGCAUUUACGUUAGAAUGAGAGGUAGCAUAGCUGUAAACACAAACUCAGCUGCAGCUCUGCUAGCUGUUCUAUUUUAAACUCACUUCAUCUAUGAGCUUGAUGUUGUCUGCUAUGCCUUCCCUAGCUGUAAAUAGCACAGAGCACAAGUGCAGCACACCUUCACAAACAAGCCUUACGCGUAGCUUGUAAUGUGACAAUUUAUGAGAUCUACGUUGAGAAUCCUCUUGGUUUUAGGAAACAGCAGUGGUGCAGUCAUCUACAACAAGCCUCCAUGGAGAGCGAGGUGCAGCCGUCUGCUCGGGAACAGCAUAGGUCUUUUCUGCUCAGGCAGCUCGCCAGAAUGAGAACAGCUGAGGAGCUCACUGACGUCGUCCUGCUUGCAGAGGGUAUUUCCUUCCCAUGCCACAAGGUGGUGCUGUCUGCAUUCAGCCCUUACUUCCAGGCUAUGUUUACAUGUGGUCUGAAGGAAACUCGAGGAGGAGAGGUGGCCCUCAGAGACACAGCUGCACAGAGCCUUGAACUGCUGCUGAAGUACAUGUAUUCUGCUGAACUCCCUCUUUGUAAUGACAACAUCCAGGGAGUGGCGGCUGCCGCCUUCCUGCUCCAUGUGGAUGGAGCUUUUAGGUUGUGUCAGAGCCACAUGGAGGCCCACAUGGAUGCCUCAAACUGUGUUGGGUUGUACUAUUGGGCCAGAGAUCUUGGUGCUACUGAUCUGGCUGACUGUGCUUUGAAAUACAUCUGUCAACACUUUACCCAGGUUUGUGAGGAAGAAGAAGUGCUGGACCUUGAUUCCCAGCGUCUUGGGACUCUCCUGGGAUCGGAUGACCUCAACAUAUCACAGGAGGAACUUGUGCUUGAGUUGGUGCUGCGCUGGGUUGAGAGGCACAGGAACAACUCUCAGAGCGAAACCCAGGCUGUGGAGUUGCUCCGGCGAGUGCGACUAGAGCUGGUGGAUCCUGGAUUUCUCCGGAAAGCGAGGAGGAGGAACCCGGUACUGCUGCGGGAUGCAGAGUGCUUUGGGAUGAUCGACGCUGCCCUGCAGACCUCAGGUCUCUGUGAGACGUCUGCUCCACCUCGUCCACCUCUCCGAUAUGGCAUGGAGACAACAGAUUUGCUGCUCUGUUUGGGUGGAGUGAACACUGAGGGUGUGCCAGCGAGACGUGGAGGACUUGCUGACCAAAACUUUUGUUUUGCACCCCUUGGUAGAAAGACCUACUACAUCCCAUCUCCGCUGAGGGACUGUGGCGGUCAGGGCCAGGUCACAGCAGGAGCAGUGACCCGGGACAGCAGCAUAUUGGUGGCUGUAGAGGCCGAGGAUCAACACAGGAGAAAGAGGCUGGAUAUCUACAAAUACAGUAAUUCUGAAGAGAAAAUCUGGGUGAAGCUCUGCUCUGCACCCUACAGAGACAUGUAUGCUUUGGGGUUGGUCGGAGAUGCUCUGUACCUCAUUGGCGGUCAGAUGAAAGUGCGCAAUCACUACGUCAUAACGGACAAUGUGGACAGAUGGUCACUGAAGAGAGGAGGCAGCUGGCUCAGUUUCGCUCCUUUACCACUUGCUUUGGCCUGCCACUGCACUGUGAGCCUGAAGGAGCGUCUCUACGUGCUGGGGGGCUGGACCCCACAGGACCAGCCAGAUGAUGAGCCUGACAAGCUGAGUAACAGAGUGUUUCGAUUUGACCCGAGCAAAGACAGCUGGACAGAGUGUGCCAGGAUGAAAUACUCCAGGUACCGCUGCGGUACAGCUGUACUCAAUGGAGAAAUCUACAUAUUAGGCGGUAUAGGAUGUGUUGGUGAGGAUUGUGGACAAUCACGGCGCUGCCUGAGCUCUGUAGAAAUUUACAACCCAGAUGCAGACAGCUGGAGGCCCGGCCCAACACUCCCUACAACCCUGCUUUCGCUUCGAACCAACGGCUCCAACACAGGAACAGUAGAAGGAAAGCUCUACCUCUGCGGAUACUACAAAGGGGUUGAUUUUGGGCCAAGCAUCAUAUUCGUACGUUUACUGCAGGUCGUCAUGAGAUCAUCACCAAGGAGAUUUUGGAGUUAGACCCUGCAGACUAUGUAUGGACGGUUGUGGAGAGACGAGCAGUGAUGCAUGACAGUUAUGAUGUUUGUCUGGUGGCUAACCUCAAUCCUCGGGACCUCCUGACACCCUGACGCAAGCACCUCCUCAUGACUCUCUGAGCAACAAUGCGGGGGCCUGAUAUGUGUGUGUGUGUGUGUGUGUGUGGGGGGGGGGGGGGUGACUGCAUGAGCGGCCAUUCUUACAAAGCUUCAUUCUAACAUAAAUACUUCACUCCCACGUGUCAUGCAUCUCAAAACAAGACUAAAUGAAAUAGGCCUAUGUGCAUUUAGUUCAUGUGAAUCAGUUUGCUGCUUUACAGAUAAAAUGGAGAACUUUCAUUAAAUAGCUUUUAAUUAAGACACUUUCUCAGAGGCUUACAGAAUAGCUUUUUUUUUUAAUCAAAAGCUGACUGCAAAACUUAUUAGCACAAAAAAACAGAUAAUUGGAGCCUUUUUACAACUUAUUUGACAUGAACAUACAAUAAUUUUAGAAUAAACUUCCCGACAUUGUUACAUAAAGUGCACUCCCAGCUUAAUAGAUACCCUGGAAAAGAUGUGUAAAAAUGUUUAUCAAGAGGUGUAAAAAUGUUUAUUAAAAUGUGUAAAAAUGUUUGUAAGAUGUGUAAAAAUCUUUUUAUGCAGUAACAUGCUUUUAUAGAAAGUUCAUCUUGAAAUUUAGAUUUGAUAUUUAGUGAAAUUAACUUAACUUAGUAUUAGCGCUGUACUAUUAAAACUUUGCACUACCUUUUUUGACAAGUAGCACUUUUUUAUUUUUCCAUACAAUUCAACAGAGAAAGGUAUUUUUGACCAUUUCUUUUUGCACAGUGUUUGGGUCCUUUCUUGUUUAGGAUGUAGAUCUUUGAACUGUGAUGUUCAGUGAAUGAAUGAAGUUUUGUUGCCAGAGUGAUUAUUGCGGUGUUGAUUUGAUAAUGUUUUAUGAUUUGUUCUCCUGCUGACAGACACAGUGAUAAAGAGUCCCUGUUGCAGUGAACUUUAGUAAGAUUCCUAGAGUUUUUGAAGGCAAAAUACCUUUAAUUAUAUUAAAUAUUUUCAACCAAAGUACUAGUAAGUUUUGGGGCUAUUGUAGAUAAUAAUAAAGAAAUGCAUCUACUUUAUAGUUUUUAUUGAUAUGGAAGGAAAACUGUUCAUUUAAAGAUAAACUGUGCUGUUAACUGAGACAAAUGCAAAUACUUUUAGGGUUUUUAUGCUUAAAACCUUUUUCUUUUCCCCUCCAGCUAGUAAGUAUAAAAAAAAUGUUAAUACUGUUGUAUUUUGGUUUUUA